AUGAUUAAUUUUAAUAGAAUGAUGAGAACAAAGAAAAUAUUAACAUUAAGAACUAAAUUCUUUAAGAAAAUACAUUUAAUAACACUAUUUGGAUUGUUAUUAUCAUUUGUAAUCUUCAUAAUCUCUUUGUUAUCUUCACAUAAAUAUUCCUAUGAAAUAAAUAAUGAACCAUUUAAAGAAAAGCACUUUAAGAAGCUUAUAUAUGUUAUAAUAGAUGGUUUAAGAUAUGAUGGAUGGGAAGAAACAAAUAACAAGGGGUAUUAUUACAAUAACUUUAAGAUAAAGAAUGAUAAAGUUAAUAUUAUAAACUGUUUAUCAAUAACAGAUUUACCAACUAUAACAUCAUCAAGAACAUUUACUUUAAUUACUGGUGCUAGAAAAACUUUAAUAUCAAAACUUCUUUUCUUUUAUCAUAAUAGCAUAGAAAUAGACAAUAUGAUCAAUCAAUUUAUAUUAAAUAACUACAAAGUUAGUAUAUCAGGUGAUGACAUGUGGUAUGAUUAUUUAAAAAACUUGGAAACAAAAGUUGACUUUUUAGAUUUAAUACCCUCAUAUUCUAAACACCAGUUAUUUAAUUUAGAAGAAAAAUGUUUUAAUAGAUUUAUUUCUAAAUUUAGAAAUUAUGAUGCAUCAUUUAUACAUCUGAUAAAUUUAGAUGCAUUAGGUCAUGUAUAUGGAAUAAAUAAUCAAUUAAUAGAAGAUGUGAUGAAAGUGUACAAUAGAUACAUAAACCAAAUAGUAGAUAACAUAGAUAAUGAUACAUUACUAAUAAUUACAUCAGAUCAUGGAGUAACUGAUCAAGGUGAACAUGGAUGUUCAUCAAAAAAAGAAAUAUCAUCAACUUUAAGUUUUAUUUACAGUAAAGAAAAAGAAGUGAAUGUUUUCAAUGAAUUUUUAAAAAAUAAACAGAACAAAUUUAAUAUUGAAAGUGAUGAUGAAUUUAAAUGGAUGAACACAAAACAGAAGGAAUUAAUAUUUGUUAGACAAAAUAAUAUUUUAAACACAAUAUGUUACUUAUUUGGAUUAUCAAUUCCUGUGAACAGUGAAAAUACUAAAACUGUAUUUGAACAAGAAUUAGAUUUUAGUUUGAUUCAAUCAAAUGAUAUUAAUUUGUAUUUGUAUUUUAUAGCUAUGUUGUUAUUAUUGAUUAUAUUUGUUGUUACAUUUAAGGAAAUUAAUAUUGUUCAUGUAGGAAUUAUAAUUGAAUCAUUUUCAUAUUUUUCAUUUGCAUUCAGAGAUAUUGUUUAUUUACUUGCUCUUACUUACUAUGAAAAUAAUUUUUAUUUGUUUCUUUUUUAUUAUACUUUUAUAGAAAAAUUUAAACAUUUUGAAAUUGAAAGAAUUAGUUCAGAAUCUCAUUUAUAUAUAAAGGCAUUUAUAUUUGUGUUAUACAUUGUUGAUUCUUUAUUUGAUUCUAAUAAUAUUAGAUUUGUAGAUUAUGAGAGUAUUAUAAAAGACAUUCAAUAUAUUAUAUAUUAUUGUUUAUCUGAUGAUGCUAUUUUAUUUUUAUCAUUUAUAUCAAUUGAUUAUUUUAUAAUGGUUUUAUUGUGUAUUCAUAUUGAUUAUCGUUUUUUAAUUGGUAUUUUACUAAUUAGGAAUAUUAUUAAAAAGUUUAAUAGAGUUAGUAAAAUUAACACCACUAUUAUCUUUUUUAUUAGCCAAAUAGUUUAUUCACUUAUUAAUUUAGAGUAUAAUUCUGUUUGUUUUGAGAUAAAAAAGUUUUUUAUGUUGAGUGGUGAUUAUGAAAUAUUUUCUGCUUUAAUUUCCUUUUUAAGCUACAUUAUCUUUCCAAGAGUAGUUUUACUCAAAGAAGUGAAAAUUGAUUUAAUUGAGUUUAUUAAUUACCUAUCAUUCUUAUUGCUUUGUGGAUUAAUAUCUUUUUAUAAUAAUAUGAAUACUUUAGUUGGUAUUAAUUUUUUAUUUGAUAGAACAAUUGCAAUUUAUUUAGUUUCUUUAAUUGACAUUUUUAUACUUUUUUAUAUUAAUAUUGAUAUUUUUUAA